CUCGUAUAUUUAAUGUCCGUUUUGUAGCGUUUCUCAACAUUUCUAGAAACCCAAAUCGCUUUCUCCACUGUCUCUUCUCUUUAUAAGACUUUUGUACGCCACCCCCCCCAGAUCGAAAAAUCAUAUGCUUUGAGAUUAAGAAAGUUAUGGUCUGGGCUUGGUGGGUUCGUUCGAAUCCAAAUCCGGCAACUCCUUCCGCUCAACACUGAUGGAGGCCAUUAGAACAAAGCCAUCUGGGUUUUAUUGCUGGGGUUGGGAGUUCUUAACUGCACUUCUGCUUUUUAGUUGGUGAUCGAUUCCCUUAAAAGACCUUCCUAAAAGGAACGGAGGUGAAGAUACUUCUGUUCCCGAUUCCUGUCGAUUUUCAUUUUGCUACGAUUUUUUUUUUUUUGGCCUAUUUUUUUCUGUGUUUUGGGUGGGCCGUGGGGGUUGGUUGGUGAGGGAUAAAUCGGGGAGAAAUGGCACAAAGAUCGGUUCCGGCGCCGUUUCUGACGAAGACGUACCAGUUGGUGGAUGAUCCGAGCACCGACGACGUGAUCUCCUGGAGCGAAAGCGGCAACACCUUCGUGGUUUGGAAAACUGCGGACUUCGCUAAGGAUUUGCUUCCUAAUUACUUCAAGCACAACAAUUUCUCAAGCUUCGUCCGCCAGCUCAAUACAUAUGGCUUUAGAAAGAUUGUGCCCGACAAAUGGGAAUUCGCGAACGAGUAUUUCAAACGAGGGCAAAGAGAGCUUAUGUCCGAAAUUCGACGCCGCAAAACGACCACGUCGGCGACGGCGCAGGCCCCGCCAGGUGGAAAAUCCGCCGGGGGUGGAACGUCGUCUCCGACGAACUCCGGGGAGGAUCUGGGGUCGACUUCGAUGUCAUCUCCGGACUCGAAAAACCCCGGGUCUGUGGAGACUACGACGACGGCGCAGUUCGCUGAUUUAUCGGACGAGAACGAGAAACUGAAAAAGGAUAACGAGAGUCUGAGCACAGAGCUGGCGCAGACGAAGAGGCAGUGCGAGGAGCUGAUAGCGUUUUUGACUGAGUACGUGAAGGUGGCACCCGAUCAGAUCAAUCGCAUCAUGAAGCAAGAAAGCUGUGGGUCCGGCCAUGGUGGGUUGGUUGGUGAAAUUGGAGGCUCUGUUGAUGACGACGACGACGAUGAAAAAGACGAGGACCCUAAUGAGGAGAGUUUGAAACUGUUUGGGGUUUGGCUGAAGGGAAAGAAGAAAAGGGGACGAGAGGAGAAAAUGGGGUACGGUGGGCCACACCAGAAGGAGAUGAAGACUGUGGACUUUGAGGCGCCGUGGAUGACCAGCAAGGUCUGCAACUGAACAACCUCAACAGCAUGUGACACACGCAGACACCCAAACCAAAAAAGAAAGAAAAAGGCCAUGCACAUGGGCUUGUUUCUUUUGAUAUUUAUAUAUGUAUGUUAAAAAUGUUCUUUAGUUCUAGUUUACAGUUAGCAGUGAGAAAGAAGAGACUCUCUGCAACCCUAGGGUUAUUUCUUAGUUUGUGAAAUAAUGUAACGAAGACGGGGGUGGUUAUUUAUUUAUAACGUAGGACUAGGACAGGUCCACCGUUGAUGAUGAUGAUGAGGAGAAAAGGUGGCGUCGGAGAUCAAAGGCAAAUGGGUCUCCACCUUCCUUUCCCCAUCUCCAAGUAAGUUCAUAAAUCUGUGUAAAAUUUGCACAAUCCAUUUAGAACAUAUAUCAUAAUGUUGGAAGCUUUCUAUAUUUACUUU